AGACAGACAGACAGACAGACAGACAUUGGCGAUUCCGCAAACAGCUGAUCAAACCAGAAGCGCAACCACAAGUCUGCGGAGCAGUUUAACUCGCGACCAGAAGAAGAUCGAACAGCGCGUUUCCCAGAAGCUUUCGUAGAGAUCGAUAACUCCGCUUCGCCGACGACUGAGAAAAACGUUCAAAAAAAAAAAAAAACCGGUAAAACUGAGGACUUUUGUUGUCGGAGGGAAUUGUUCGGUCUCUGCAAAACCCACGUCCCUGAGAUUGAACUUUAGUUUUAGUUUUUGUCUCAAGAUUUCCACACGUCCUGAGAGCCCCGACCCGACCCCCACUGAUCGGAAUAAAGGUAACAAUACUGGCUGACAGUAAACCUUUGUUGGAAGCAAAUUACAGUGGAGACCCGAUACAAGGCAUUGUGUACAUUUGUCCAUCAUGCUGGGAAAACUCGCCAGUUUCUUUCUCAAUGAGACGUAUGAAGACAGCAAAGAAAGCAUCAGUGAUUUGAACCACAUGCUGUAUGAGAGUGAAGAAGAUGACUGGAUUAUUGUAGAUAUCCAAGGCCAACAACCAGUGGUGAAUGUACCAACUGAUCCCCUGGAAAAUCUCCUAAUUGAACACCCGAGCAUGUCUGUGUACUCCCUGGAAAACAAAAACAAGGACAGUGAAGAAGAAUCUGCAGCGGAGGAGGAGGGGCAAACUCCCAAGGUCAUUCCGAUUGUGCAGUAUGUCCCACGAAGAGUGUCUGCUUUCAGGAUUCGGGAUAGUGUUCUCGAACAUACCAGUCAUAUCCAUUUCAUGCAAUGUGCCAAAUUAUAUGUAGAGAGGCGAAAACUGAGCUGCAAUCACCUUCGCAGGCAAAACAGAGCGAGAAAACGCUAUUUUGCCAAGGAAAAGCACUUUGGACAUUUCAAACAACCCUGUCAGCGCAAUCAUAAAUAUUAAAUCAGGGAAUAGGAGACUGCCUACAUAACAAUGUAUUGAAUUGCAGUGGUAAAUUCGGAGUGUUAAGUAACUUGGCUUAAAGUUUUUAAACUCUUUUAGAUUAUAGAAUACUGUCGGUAGAGCAAAGCUUAUUUAGUAUACUUUUCAAAGUCAUACAGUAUAAAAUAAUGACAUCAACCUCCAUUUGUCAUACUCAAUGGCAUUUAGGGUUGUAGUAUCUCUAUGCUAAAACCUGUAUAUUUACUCAAUACUAACAGUACAAAAUCUGUAUUUGCUUCUAAACUAACAUUACAUGUUAAUUUGAGACAUGGCAUUAUAAAGUUGUGCAAAGCGAGACCUCAUGCAAUGAAAACUUGACUGAAGGUGGCAACCUCUGCAGUAACCUUAAACAUGGUUUCAGAGGAAUGCAUCAGUAACCUUAGGAACUUUAGUGCAGCUAAAAUUGUACUAUUUAUGAUAACCUGUUCCCUGUGGAACCAACUGUACUGUUGCCUGCCGAGAGCCACAAAGGUACUAUAUGCAUUAAGAAUUCCAGGUAUUUACAGAUGGUCAGGAUGUGUGUGUGUGCCACAUUAUAACAACCAUUAUUGCUCCAGGGAUAUACUUCCAACUAGAGUAUUAAACAUGCAAUUGUUGUGAUUAUUAACUCUUAGACUGCAAGCAGCUCCAGAGUACGUAUAACAACAUACAUUUUAGAAACAAGACUAUUUUGUCCAACAAAGUCCAUCAUUGUUUGGUUGACUCAAGCCAGGCUCUCUGUUCUCCUAUUUUAUGUACAUUCAAGCUUGUAAUGUCGCAAACAAUCAACAUUACAAUAAUAAAACUGUUAAUAGCUAUAUUACUGUAAUAUUAACAUUAUCAAUUUAUCUUGCCAAAUAAUGUCAUGGGGGAGACAAGACUAGUUUUUCAUGCAGUAGAUAGUACUUUUCAGAUGUUGUUUGUUUUGUUGGCGUUUCAGUGACACAAAGUAAUUAAUUAAAAAAAGGUGAUGAGCCAAGCAUUAAAAAGAACAUUGUUAAUUUUCUGUCUAGCAGUAUUAAGUUGCGCAAUCACAAACUCAGCACCUGUUAUAUUUUCCGCUACUGACAAAAUGUCAGAAAUUGUAAUGACCUAGUAAGUCACUGACAAAAAUCUAUUAACCUACCUCCUGUCAAAGAAAAAAAUGUUUCCUGUU